AUGGAAGCAUCUAAUUUGCAGAUAUAUUGGCACGAAUCCCAGCCUGUUUACAGUCUAUGUUUCCCACCGUCGUCUAAAUAUGAUCCGCAAUUGCCCAAAUUGUUUACUUCUGGAGGUGACAACAAGGUUAGAAUCUGGAAUUUAAACACAAUAAAGAGUACUGCAAAUGAGUCAUGUUUUAAGAUCGACACUAUUGACUUCUUGACCUCUUUACAGCAGCAUGAACAAGCCAUCAAUGUCAUUAGAUUCAAUUCAAAGGGCGAUAUCUUAGCUUCCGCCGGUGAUGAUGGACAAAUCCUCUUAUGGAAAAGAAAUUUAGACGGACAGUCAACUGGAGGGACUCCAUUCGAAUUUACCACUGACGAAGAAAAUGAAAAUGAAAAUAAUAAUAAAGAUAAAAAUAAAGAUAAAGAUAACCACAGCAACAACAACAACCAUGUUGACGGAAAGUCUAUAAAAGAAGAGAAUAAAGAAUCCUGGUACGUCUGGAAACGAUUAAGAUUUCAUUCUCAUGCCCCUGAGAUUUAUGAUCUAGUUUGGUCUCCAUGUGAUAAUUAUAUACUUUGUGGAUGUAUGGAUAAUUUUAUUAGAGUAUUCCAAAUACAUACUAACAGCAACAAGGACGACGAUAAUGAUGAUCCUAGAUGUAUUUUUUCUUUAAAAGAACAUAACCAUUAUGUUCAAGGUGUCACAUGGGAUCCACAAAAUAAAUAUAUCUUAUCACAAUCUACUGAUAGGUCCAUCAAUGUAUAUAAAUUAAUAUUUGAUCAUGAAAAUAAACAAUUACUAGAUAUCCAAUUGCAGAACAGGAUAAUCAAAUUGGAUAAAUCUUAUAUGUUCCAUAAUGAGACGUUGCCUUCAUUUUUCAGAAGAUUGACUAUAUCCCCAUGUGGGAAUUUAAUUUUAGUACCAACUGGUAUAUCUAAAAAUAAUAAUGAUAUAACUUCUUCUUUAACAACCAAUACUAGUAUUAUCACCACCGCCACCACUAACAACAACAACAACAACAAUAAUAAUAAUAAUAGCACAGAGGGUGCCAAUUGUGUUUAUAUCUUUGCAAGAUCAACUUUAAAAGAUAAUUUAAAUAAACCAAUAAUGAAAAUUUCAAAUUUGAAAAAACCUGCUUUAAUAAUAUCUUUUAAUCCAAAUUUUUAUAAAAUAGAAUCAACAACCAGAAGUGAGUUUAUUUCAUUACCGUAUAAAUUAAUUUUUGCUAUUGCCACAUCAAAUGAAAUUCUUAUAUAUGAUACAAUAAAGGUCGAACCAUUGGCUAUAAUAGGUAAUUUACACUAUACGCCAAUAACCGAUCUUACAUGGUCACCAGAUGGUAAAUUUUUGAUGAUCUCUUCAACAGAUGGGUUUUGUUCAUAUAUAUCCAUAGAUGCUAACAAUUUAUUUGGUCAACGAUUAAAGAAUGAUGAAAUUAUGAAAUUUAAAAAUGUACCAUCUGUUUCUGUACCAAAUGAUGUUACAAUUGAAAAUAAACCAAAACAUAAUAUUAUUAAUAUUCUACCAGUGAAAAAAAAAAUUAAACCCAAUAAUAAACAAACAAAUCCGACGACAUAA